CCCCCUCACUCUUUCGCUCGCCGCGGCUGCUGCCAGUGUGUGGCUCUGUCUCUCCUCCGCUUUGCUGAGCCCUCCCUUCUUCCUCUCAGUUCCUAGAGUCCGAUCGCCGCCGCCGCGGAGAGCGAGGAGAAGGAGGUCGGUGGCGAUAAGAGGCGGAUGGGGGCAUCGGAUCAGGGCAGGAUUCGGCGGGUGGUUGUUCCAAGGGGCUCAGAGAGAGCCCGGGUGGCGGCCUGAGCCACCCCGCGGAGCCGACCCGGGAACAGGGGGAGUGGCCACAGCAAGUCUUAUCUGGUGGUGAGUGGCUGUCAUGAUCUCUACAGCACCGCUCUACAGCGGCGUGCACAACUGGACUAGUUCUGACCGGAUUCGCAUGUGUGGCAUCAACGAGGAGAGACGAGCACCUCUUUCUGAUGAGGAGUCCACGACAGGUGACUGCCAGCACUUUGGAUCUCAGGAGUUUUGUGUUGGUGGCAGUUUUUCCAAGGUGGAGCUCACCGCAGUUGGAAGUGGCAGCAAUGCCCGGGGGGCAGACUCAGAUGGCAGUGCGACAGAAAAACUUGGGCACAAGUCUGAGGAGCAGCCUGAUGAUCUCCAGUCAAAAAUGGACUAUGCUGGGAAUACCGCAGAGGCUGAGGGCCUCCUCGUGCCACUGAGCAGCCCAGGAGACGGGCUCAAGCUGCCCACUCCCGACAGCCCCGAGGCCUGCAACAGCAGGGCAGACUGCCCCUGGACUCCCCUCGGCACCCAAAUGAGCAAGCAGAUUGACUGCUCAGCAGCUGGGGUAAAGGCUUUGGACUCAAGGCACAGUGUUGGGGACAAGAAUACUUUCAUUUUGGCAACUUUGGGAACUGGAGUCCCCGUGGAAGGAAACCUGCCUCUGGUUACCACUAACUUUAGUUCGCUGCCAGCCCCGAUUUGUCCCCCUGCUCCUGGUUCGGCCUCUGUACCCCCAUCUGUUCCAGAUCCAUUCCAGGUUCCCCUCUCUGUCCCUGCCCCAGUACCCCAUUCUGGGCUAGUUCCAGUCCAAGUUGCUACUUCGGUUUCCGCUCCCUCUCCUCCCCUAGCACCAGUCCCUGCUCUGGCUCAGGCCCCAGCACCACCCUCAGUACCCACUCUUAUCUCGGACUCAAGCCCCCUGUCGGUGUCAGCCUCUGUGUUGGUGCCUGUGCCAGCAUCUGCUCCCCCCUCGGUCGCAGUCCCCCUGUCAGCUCCUACUCCUACUCCUCUCUCAGUCCCCGUUUCAGCCCCUCCUUUGGCCUUGAUCCAGGCUUCUGGGACUCCUUCAGCUCCCACUUUGGUCCUCGCUCCUGUGCCCACAUCAGUUUUGGCUCCUAUGCCAGCAUCCACACCUCCAGCAGCCCCUGCCCCUCCGUCUGUGCCGAUGCCCACUCCAACACCAUCCUCUGGCCCGCCUUCUACCCCUACCCUCAUUCCCGCCUUUGCUCCCGCGCCGGUGCCUGCACCCACCCCAGCCCCAAUCUUUACGCCAGCCCCCACGCCCAUGCCGGCUGCAACACCAACUGCCAUUCCCACUUCGGCCCCCAUCCCAGCUUCCUUCAGUUUGAGUCGAGUGUGUUUUCCUACAGCUCAGGCACCAGCUAUGCAAAAAGUCCCCCUGUCUUUUCAGCCAGGGACAGUGCUAACCCCAAACCAGCCACUGGUCUAUAUCCCACCUCCAAGCUGUGGGCAGCCACUCAGUGUGGCCACACUGCCAACCACCCUGGGAGUGUCCUCCACUCUGACACUCCCUGUCCUGCCAUCCUACCUGCAGGACAGGUGUCUCCCGGGCGUGCUGGCUUCACCGGAGCUCCGGUCUUACCCAUAUGCAUUUUCUGUGGCCCGUCCUCUGACUUCAGAUUCGAAGCUAGUCUCUCUGGAAGUGAACAGACUCCCAUGCACUUCCCCAUCCAGUAGCUCUACCACCCAGCCCGCACCUGAUGGGGUCCCCGGGCCUUUGGCGGAUACCUCUCUUACCACUGCUUCUGCCAAGGUGCUUCCAACUGCACAGCCUUUGUUGCCAGCCCCCAGUGGGAGCUCAGUCCCACCCCACCCCACCAAGAUGCCAGGUGGUGCUGAGCAGCAAACAGAAGGGAGUUCCAUUACCUUCUCUCCCCUCAAGUCACCUCCACAGCUAGAACGGGAGAUGGCCUCUCCACCAGAGUGCAGCGAGAUGCCCCUUGACCUCUCCUCCAAGUCCAACCGCCAGAAGCUUCCCUUGCCGAACCAGCGCAAGACACCUCCCAUGCCCGUGUUGACCCCUGUACACACCAGCAGCAAGGCCCUCCUCUCCACAGUCCUGUCUAGGUCUCAGCGCACAACUCAGGCUGCUGGCAGCAGCGUUACCUCCUGCCUGGGCUCUACUUCCUCACCCUUUGUGAUCUUUCCUGAGGUUGUGAGGAACGGGGACCCCAGCACCUGGGUGAAAAACUCCACUGCACUGAUCAGCACCAUUCCUGGCACAUAUGUGGGAGUGGCCAACCCAGUGCCUGCAUCUCUGCUGCUGAACAAAGAGCCCAACCUGGGCCUCCCUCGAGACCCCCGCCAUCUCCCCAAGCAAGAGCCCAUCUCCAUCAUCGAUCAAGGAGAGCCUAAGAGCACUGGCACCUCAUGUGGCAAGAAGGGCAGCCAGACUGGUGCUGAAGGACAGCCAAGCACAGCAAAGACCCGUUAUACCCCAACCCGUAUUGCCCCUGGGCUGCCAGGGUGCCAAACCAAGGAACUUUCCUUGUGGAAACCUACAGGGCAGGCAAAUAUUUAUCCACGGUGUUCAGUCAAUGGGAAAUCCACCAGCACCCAGGUCCUGCCUGUUGGCUGGUCACCCUACCACCAAGCAUCUCUACUUUCCAUUGGCAUUUCCAGUGCUGGGCAGCUGACCCCCAGUCAGGGGAUGCCCGUCAGACCAGAGUUUGCCGGUGUGCCAUCCCUUGAUUCCAGUGAAGCUGUGCAUGGACUUCCUGAGGGGCAGCCACGGCCUGGGGGCCCCUUUUCUCCAGAGCAGGACACUGUCACAAAGAACAAAACUUGUCGGAUUGCUGCCAAGCCUUAUGAAGAACCAGUCAAUCCUGUCCUCCUGACUCUCAGCCCCCAGACAGGGACCCUGGCUCUGUCUGUUCCACCUAGCAGUGGGGACAUAAGAGUGAAUCAGGAGCCUGAGGAAUCAGACAGCCACCUCUGCUCUGAAAGUACUCUUAAGAUGGAAAGCCCCCAGGCAGCCUGUGGCCUGAAGCUAGCAGGAGACACAAAGCCUAAGAACCAAGUGCUGGCUACCUAUAUGUCUCAUGAGUUGGUCCUGGCCACUCCCCAGAACCUGCGCAAGAUGUCUGAGCUGCCUUUGCUACCUCAUGACAGCCACCCCAAGGAACUUAUCUUGGACGUGGUUCCAAGCAGCAAGAGGGGCUCCAGCACAGAGCUUUCGCAGCUUGGAAGCCAGGUGGAUCUGGGGCGGGUGAAAAUGGAAAAGGUGGAUGGUGAUGUGGUCUUCAAUUUAGCCAACUGUUUCCGGGCUGAUGGCCUCCCAGUAGCUCCCCCAAGGGGUCAAGUGGAAGUGAGGGCAAAGACUGGGCAGCCUCGAGUCAAGCGGGAAAGUGUCGGGGUCUUUACUUGCAAGAACAAGUGGCAGCCAGAUGAAGUGACAGAGUCUCUGCCCCCCAAGAAGAUGAAGUGUGGCAAAGAGAAGGAAGCUGAGGAGCAGCAACUGCUGCCUCCACCUCAAGUGAAGCCCAUAGUCCGGAGUUCUCUGGGAUCCAAGUGCCGGAAGCUGCCAAGUGAUCCCCAGGAACCUACCAAGAAAAGUCCCAGGGGGGCUCCCGAUUCAGGAAAAGAGCACAAUGGAGUCAGGGGAAAGCACAAGCACCGGAAGCCAACAAACUCAGAGUCACAGUCUCCAGGAAAACGCACUGACGGCCAUGAAGAAGGUUCCUUUGAAAAGAAAGCAAAGAGCAGUUUCCGUGACUUCAUCCCUGUGGUUCUGAGCACGCGGACACGCAGUCAAUCUGGAAGCAUCUGUAGCUCCUUUGCCGGUAUGGCAGACAGUGACAUGGGAAGCCAGGAAGUCUUCCCCACCGAGGAGGAAGAAGAGGUGGCUCCCACCCCAGCUAAGCGUCGGAAAGUGAGAAAAACUCAACGAGACACCCAGUAUCGCAGCCAUCAUGCCCAGGAUAAGACCUUGCUGAGCCAAGGCCGCAGACAUCUAUGGAGAGCCCGAGAAAUGCCUUGGAGGACAGAGGCUGCCCGGCAAAUGUGGGACACCAAUGAGGAGGAAGAGGAAGAUGAUGAGGAGGGCUUGGUAAAGAGGAAGAAACGGAGACGGCAGAAGAGCCGGAAAUAUCAGACUGGGGAGUACCUGACAGAGCAAGAAGAAGAACAGCGGCGGAAAGGGAGAGCAGAUUUAAAGGCUCGUAAACAGAAGACUCCCUCCCCAAGUUCAGAGCACUGCCUCAGGAACAGGAACCUUCUGUUGCCCAGCAAAGCCCAGGGGAUCUCGGAUUCACCAAAUGGUUUCCUACCAAAUAACCUAGAGGAGCCAGCCUGCCUUGAAAAUUCAGAGAAGCCAUCAGGAAAACGAAAGUGCAAGACCAAGCACAUGGCAAACGUCUCAGAAGAGAUCAAGGGAAAAGGUCGUUGGACCCAGCAGAAAACACGAUCUGUCAAAUCCCCCACCCCAGCAAAGCCCACAGAAUCCUCUAAGUCUCGAAGUGCCGGCCCAGAGGAAGCCUCAGAAUCACCUACAGCCCGACAGAUCCCCCCAGAAGCACGGCGGCUCAUAGUGAACAAAAAUGCUGGUGAGACCCUACUGCAGCGGGCAGCACGUCUGGGAUAUAAGGAUGUGGUUCUCUAUUGUCUCCAGAAGGACAGUGAAGAUGUGAAUCAUCGCGAUAAUGCAGGCUACACGGCCCUGCAUGAGGCUUGUUCCCGGGGCUGGACUGACAUCCUGAACAUCCUGCUGGAGCAUGGGGCUAAUGUGAACUGUAGUGCACAGGAUGGCACAAGACCAGUUCAUGAUGCUGUGGUCAAUGACAACCUGGAGACCAUCUGGCUCCUGCUGUCCUAUGGAGCUGAUCCCACACUGGCUACCUACUCAGGUCAGACAGCCAUGAAGCUGGCUAGCAGUGACACCAUGAAGCGCUUUCUCAAAGAUCACCUGUCGGAUCUUCAGGGCCGAGCUGAGGGUGACCCUGGUGUGUCGUGGGAUUUUUACAGCAGUUCUGUCCUGGAGAAAAAAGAUGGGUUUGCCUGUGACCUCCUGCAAAAUCCUCCUGGGAGCUCUGAGCAAGGAGAAGAUGUGGAAGAGGAUGAUUUCAUGUUUGAACUUUCAGACAAGCCUCUUCUCCCUUGUUACAACCUUCAAGUGUCAGUGUCCCGAGGGCCCUGCAACUGGUUUCUUUUCACGGAUGUCCUGAAGAGGCUGAAGCUUUCCUCGAGGAUCUUUCAGGCCCGGUUCCCGCACUUGGAAAUCACCACCCUGCCCAAGGCUGAGUUCCACAGGCAGGUGGCCUCCAGUCAGCUGCUGACCCCUGCCGAGAGGCCUGGAGGCCUAGAGGAUCGGUCUCCCCCAGGCUCCUCUGAGACUGUGGAGCUGGUGCGCUAUGAGCCUGAGUUGCUGCGGCUCCUAGGGUCUGAGGUGGAAUUCCAGUCUUGGAACAGUUGACGGGGGAAACUGCUUCACCCCCUGGUCUUCUUUCUCCUCCUGGGUUUACCCGUCCCCCACCUCCCAUGUCUUCCUCCACCAAGCACCAGACUGCAGAAUGAGGCAAUAAUACGGACCAACAAGAAGCCGCCUUAUCAAUGCCAGCAUUAGUGACUGGAUUUUUUUUUGUUUGGUUUGUUUUGGUUUGGUUGGUUUGUUUUGUUUUGUUUUGGCUUACAGUUAGUUCUCAUCUCCCUGUCAUCGUCAUUGUGGUUGUGGUUGGUGAUGGGAGUGGAAAGUUGAACUCCACAUCUGAAGACAAGAGAUCCAGGGGUGGUGACAGGUGGUGCCGGGACCCCUUGGACUGGUCCCUCUGCGCAUGACCAAGACCAAUGGCGGGCCUGGUGGCCACAGCCUGUCCUGAGGAGAAAUGAGAAAAGCCCAAAUCUCUAAGCACCCUCCCUCCAUUCCCCUGAGCUCUUCUGUCUUCCAUAGUAUUUAUUUUAUUAGUAUUUAAUUUGUAUUGUUUCAUUGGUUUCUGAGAAGUCUGUAUCACUGUGACAAUUUGAGACAACUUGUUGUAUUGAGGGA